GUCCAGUUUCGUCUUGGACAAGUUCUGAAUGCCGAGGGUGGUAAUCGUGAGGAAAUGCUCCAAUCACUGAACGAAUUCGCCUCACGUGGAAUUCCCGACCUGCAAGCGCUUUCUUCUGCCACGAAGACCGAUGGGGACACCCAACUGUCCAACGCUCUGAAUGCGAAACCUCAGAAAUUGAUUGAGGAAUUGAGACGUCAGCUGGACGAUUUGGAACGCUUUGCUUACGAAGUACGUUAA